AUGCCUCGAAGAGGUUUGGUUGCCAAUACAGUUUCUUACAAUACUCUUAUUCAGGGCUUKUGUCAAGUGGGUGAUCUUAGUGCUGYUGAAGACCUUUUCCAGGAGAUGAUUUCUCAUGGUGUGUGCUGUGAUAUCGUAACUUAUAUCAUUUUGCUGGACGGUCUCUGCAAGAAUGGGAGACUGGAAAYGGCAUUGGAAAUGUUUGAGGUAAUGCAGAAGAGUAAGAUGGAUUUGGAUAUUGCGAUUUACAACAUCAUCAUCCAUGGAUUGUGCAAGGGUAACAAGGUGGACGAAGCCUGGGACUUAUUUUGUAGUCUCCCCAUCGAUAGUGUUGAGCCUGAUGUUCAAACUUACAAUAUAAUGAUCUUUGGGUUUUGUGGAAAAGGUGCAGUUUCUGAGGCAAAUGAACUAUUCCAGAAAAUGAAUGACAGUGGACAUGUUCCAGAUAACUGCACAUACAAUACACUAAUUAGAGGAUGUCUUAAAGCUGGUGAAAUUGCUGCAUCAGCUGAAUUUAUCAAGGAAAUGCGAAGCAGCGGGUUCAAUGGAGAUGCAUCUACCGUGAAAAUGGUAGCUGCUAUGAUAUCUGAUGGUAGACUGGACAAGAGCUUUUUGGAUAUGUUAUUUUAG